AUGGCUUCUUCAACAACGAUAGAUAUUCUACGAAUAAGUCAAACUUACAAAGCCUUUCGAAAUAAUCAAUGUGUUUUAUAUUUUGUAACCGAAUCGAUAUCAAAUAUAUGUCAAUUAAUAAUAUAUUUUGUUAUAUAUGUAUUAAUAACACUAAAUGACAUUGAUCCAGGAAAUUCAACACUUUUUUGGUGUAAAUUUCGUGCUAUGAUGAUUGCAUUAUGUACAGUAAUUUCAUUUUCUACAAUAUGUUUCUCUGCUUGUGAUCAAUAUCUUUCGACAAAUCUUCAAUUCAAUAUAAGAAAAUUGAGUACAACUAAAUUGGCUCAAAUUCUAAUAUUUACAGCGAUUGUUAUUUCAAUAUUACAUGCCAUUCCAUUUGCUAUUUUUCUUGAAAUUCGAGCAUCGUUAUGUCGUGUUUUCAAUCCAAUAAUGUCUCAAUACCUAUCAUUUUUCUAUUAUCCAAUAUUAUCUGGACUUCUACCAAUUUUCAUAGCAUCAUUAUUUAGUAUUUUAGCAUAUCACAAUGUUCGACGAAUUGUUCGACGACAAAUACCUAUAGUUCGUCGACGACUUGAUCGACAAUUGACAGCAAUGGUCCUUGUUCGUGUUAUUACGUUUGUUAUUUUAACAUUACCUUAUGCUAUUCAAAGAAUGUACACAUAUCUUGCAAAAGUUGAUCAAUCAAAUCUUUUUCUACUUGCAAUUAAUACUCUAGUGGCAGGAAUUAUAAGUUCAUUUUUCAAUUUAAAUUAUGCGGUAUCUUUUUAUAUAUUUAUUGCAUCUUCAUCACGAUUUCGUCGUCAGGUGAAACAUAUCUUGCUAAAAAACUGUUGGCGACGAUUGAAACAAUGGUUUUCUUGCAAUGAAAAUCAAAUUCAUCCAAAUAUGCCGACACAAUUAGUUGAUUCAGGCAUUGAACUACAAUGA